AUGUUUCUAAAAUCGGUUGAUGUCUCUGAUUAUGUGAAAACUGGUGAGAAACUAUUUGAGCUGCUUGACUCCAUAAUUGAUGAGGUUGGCGAAGAGAAUGUAGUUCAGGUUAUAACCGACAAUGGCAGCAACUAUGUGAGCGCGGGAAAGAUGCUAGAAAAAAAAAGACCCAACUUAUAUUGGACACCAUGUGCAGCUCACUGCAUAGAUUUAAUGUUGGAAGACAUUGGAAAUAUUCCUCUCAUAAAGAAAACAAUUCAAAGAGCCAUAUCUCUUGUUGGUUUCAUCUACGGUCACACUAGUGCAUUGAGCUUGUUGAGGUACUAUACCAAUAAAAGAGAAUUGAUUGCGAAGGAGAAGGGGAAAUUGAGGGAGAUGUUUGUGUCACACACUUGGACAAAUAACAAGCUGUCCAACGAGCCAAAAGGCAAGCAAGCCACGAAAACCGUUUUGAUGAACUCUUUCUGGAUCAGUGUGUGUUUUAUAUUAAAGGUCAUGGGUCCAUUGGUACAUGUACUACGCUUAGCGAACAGUGAGAAGAAACCCGCUAUGGGUUAUAUCUAUGAGGCUAUGGAUAAGGCCAAAGAAGCAAUCAGAGCUUCCCUUCGUGAUGACAAAAGCAAAUAUGAAAAAAUCUUGGAAAUCAUAUACAAUAGGUGGAAUAGCCAACUACAUCGUCCAUUGCAUGCUGCUGGUCACUUCCUGAACCCAGAGUACUACUACAAUGAUUCAGAAUUGGACUACGAUUUUGAGGUGCAGAAAGGAGUCUAUGAAUGUGUAGAAAGGUUGUCACCUACUGAUGAUCUAAGGAAGAAGAUACUCACCGAGCUACCAAUUUACAAAUCUGGUGGUGGUAUGUUUGGAAGCAAGUUUGCAUUUGAACAAAGGGGCGAAAUUGCACCAGCUCAAUGGUGGAGAAUGUAUAGACAAUCAACACCAAAUUUGACAAGGUUGGAAAUAAAGAUUUUAAGUUUGACUUGCAGUGCUUCAGGGUGUGAACGGAAUUGGAGUGUGUUUGAGCAAGAAAAACAGCAUAAAUCACACAGCAACGAGAACACAGCAGCAACAAGAGCAAAACAGAUAUCAGCAACAGCAAACAACGACGACAGCAACAGCAAAACAGAUAUCAACAACAACAAACAACAACGACAGCAACAGCAGCGACAGCAACAACAAAACAGAUAUCAGCAACAGCAAACAACAACGACAACAACAGCAGCGACAACAACAGCAACGACAACAACAGCAACAUCAGCAACAACAUCAGCGACAUGA